AUGACAGCUCCAACAAGACCUCCGCCAUCCAACUAUUCCUUACUUUUACAUGGCAUCGCCUUACUCUUCCUCUAUUCAAUGUAUGGCGUGCUGCAAGAGAAGAUCAUGAAGACCGAAUAUGGAGCGCGGCAAGAGAGAUUUACUUCGAGCUCGGUGCUCGUCCUCUGCAAUCGCUUGCUCAGCCUUACCGUCGGCGUGCUACUGACAAUAAUGCCACGCAAGCGCAAUAGCACGCUGAGCGAUGAUUCUACCAGUAUGCUUGCAGCGCUCGCGCCACAAUCUGCUUGGACGGCCUAUGCAGCUGUCGCUGGCUGCAACUUUCUGUCGACCUUUUCGCAAUAUGAAGCGCUCAAAUAUGUCAGCUUCACUGCGCAGAGCAUCGCAAAGUGCUCAAAGAUGGUGCCUGUCUUACUUGUGGGAGCACUGGUCUACAAGAAAGCGCACAAGACCCGAGAAUGGGUUGCCGGCGCGACUGUGCUGCUGGGUUGCGCAUGCUUCGUCGUCUCGCGACCCGCCUCCGCACAGACAUCUCACCACGGCGCGGCUGCAUCGGGAGAGAGUACUGUGUGGACAGCAGCUUGCGGCAUGCUUCUGCUGCUGUCGUAUCUCUUCUUCGACGCAAUGACCUCAACAACGCAAGAGUCUGUCUUUGGCAAGAUGCCCGUCGCAGCAAAAGCCAAUCCCUUUGCGCGUGGUGGACCCAUCAUCGAUCAGAUGAUCUACGUCAACAUCUGUUCGGCUGCCAUCGCGUUCUGCGCCUGCAUCGCUAGCGUCAAGGCGAACCUAUUACCCAGCCUGGCGUUGAUAGUGUCAACACCGGCGCUCGCUUUUGAUGUGUUGAUGCUCAGCAUGACUGCUACUUGCGGUCUGAUCGUCCUGUUCAACACGAUCGCGCUCUAUGGCGCGCUUACCUCUGCCAUGAUCAUGACGCUUCGACAAUUCAUCUCGAUCAUUCUCAAUGCGGCGCUCUUCGGCAACUUUGCCGUCAUUGGUCUGCUUGGCUGGGCAGGCGUAGGAUUGGUCGCGAGCGGCGUCUGGAUAAAGAUGGAUCGUCGUUGGGACGAAGCAACCCUGGUCUUGCCUCCAACGCCUGCUUCCGGCUCCUAUUCGGCCUUGCAGAGCCCAGAUAGCACUCUGAACGAAAGAGAAGCAGAGGCACAAGCGGCCGCCAUGCUCAAGGAAGUCGAUGAGGGCGCCGGAUAUUCACAUGAUGCGCCGCGCUACACCUAUACCAGGCGAUUGUUGAAGCAAUACUUGCCGCCAUACACGUUGCCAUUUGUGUUUGCGCUCAUGGCGAGCAUUGUCACGAGCCUGACAGGCUCAAGUGUGACGACUCCGACGACCGCGCCAAGCUUGCUUGCGACCAAUGUGACCAUCGAGGGAGGCAAGUGGGCGGAACAGCUUCAUUCGGCUGUCCGGCCGGAUUGCGCUGCGCUGCCCCGGUCAACGGUCAACUAUCCUCAUAUGGAUGCGAUUCCCAAGACAGUCUUUGCCAGCUUUCCCCGCUCCGGCAAUUCAUACCUCCGCAGCCUCGUUGAGCGAUCUACAGGCUACCGCACUGCAUCAAUCUAUUGCGAUCGGCCACUGCAGAAGACAUUCCGAGCAGAGUGCGAAUCCUACAACAAUACCUUUCUGCUCAAGUCACAUUACCCGUGGGGCCACGACGCAGACAAAGGUGACGCGGACAUGCACUGGCAGCUAUUCGAUCGCAGCGUUCGCAUCAUUCGCAAUCCACUCGAUACCGUCUUCAGUCUUUACAACUUUGCGCUCACGCACAGUCACACCGGACGGGUCGAAGAUCUCGCGCCGUUCGGCGAUGCGGACCGCGUCCAUCUCGCUCGGCAUCUCAACUUGUGGUCCUCGCACGAGGACUACUGGUCUCGCGUGCCAAUCCAAGAACAUCUGAUCCGUUACGAAGAUUUACACGAUCAUCCUCUGCCGGAAGUCAUGUCACUGCUUGCUUUCUUGCUGCCGAAGGAAGAGAUGCCGAGUCUUCAGAGGAUCUCGUGCUCGACAGAGCUCAACGCUCAGAGAGAGGCCUAUCACUCGAGCAAGAAUCCUCCCUUCUAUACCUGGGACAACUACGAGCCAGCCACGAGAUCCUGGUUGAUCAACGAGGUGAAGUUGCCAUGGUGCAAAUACGGCUACGAAGCUCUAUUGAGGAAGACACGAGGCGUCAGCGAAAUCGACUGUAACUCACUCACCGAUGGCUGGGAUCCCAACGGCGCCUAUGCACACACAAAACGAUCUAACCCAGGCCGAAGAAGUCAUUCACGCCGAAGUCUUGCGAACCACUAG